CAUCACCACACGUUUAUUACCAACAUGCUUUCAAUUCCAAUCUCAAGACAAUAUCUUUCAAUUAACUCUAGGUUUAUCAUUGGAUCUCAUCGAUCCUUCUCCUCCUCUCAAUCAUUUCGUAAUGUCUCAACUCUUGUCUUUCUCGAACACAAGGCGGGUAAAAUCAAUUCAGCUACUUUGAGUGCUUUAAACUUGGCUAAAUCAUUAGGAGGAGGUAUCACUGGUAUCAUUGUAGGAUCAUCAAAAUCAAGUGAAAUGAAUGAAGCUAUUGAGAAGGCUAAGAAAUUACCUAUUUCAAAACUUUUAGUCAAAGAAGACGAUAACCUAGAACAUGUACUAGCCGAACCUUUUGCACCUCUUAUUGCCAACGUCACCAAAGAAAGAUCAUUUACUCAUCUAGUUGGUGGUACUACCUCAGUCACCAAGAAUAUAUUUCCAAGAGUAGCCGCACUCUUAGACGUUCAACAAAUCUCAGAUGUGAUGAAAGUAAUCGAUCAAGAAACAUUUAUGAGACCGAUUUAUGCUGGAAAUGCACUCUGUACAUUAAAAAGUAAAGAUUCCAUAAAAGUGAUCACAGUACGUUGUGCAAGUUUUGAACCUAUUACCGAUACUUCAGAAGGAGAAGUUGAAAUAGAAAAAUUAGAAUCAAUUCAAGCUGGUCAAAUCAUAUCAAAUUGGUCAUCCGAAACUUUAACUAAAUCAGAAAGACCUGAAUUAGGUUCAGCCAAUCGAAUCGUAUCAGGUGGUAGAGGAGUUAAAAAUAAAGAAAACUUUGAUUCAAUCUUAAUACCAUUAUCAGAUAAAUUAAAUUCAGCUAUAGGUGCAUCAAGAGCAGCAGUCGAUAGUGGGUUUGCAGAUAAUUCUUUACAAGUCGGUCAAACUGGUAAAGUAGUUUCACCUGAUCUUUAUAUUGCUGUUGGCAUCAGUGGUGCUAUUCAACAUUUAGCUGGUAUGAAGGAUAGUAAAACGAUUGUAGCUAUUAAUAAAGAUCCAGAAGCUCCUAUCUUUCAAGUGGCUGAUGUAGGCUUAGUAGCCGAUCUUUUUGAAGCUGUACCUGAGUUGACCAAGAAGAUCUGAUUAGAAUCACUUUAUACGGUGUAAGAUGUGAUCUAUUCUUCAUAAACUUGAUUCUUGAAGUUGUACUAAGAUCUUAGAUUGCCUAAAUUUUGUAUUGCAUUUCCAUCAUCUCGUUUGACUUUUUCUGUUCUCUAUUUUUGAUUUGAUUUCAAACAGAGCCCCUCGUUUUUUUGUAUCAUUGUAUCAUGUUUGAGUGUCACUUUUAGAGAGAAGUGGAUUGUGUGAAUGUGUAAGGUGAUCUUUUAUAUGGUUCUCUCAGC